CCGGUGCAGGCUGUUCAGCACACCGGACCUAAAUAACCACAAUCACAUCAGGAACAACCGACGCAAGCGGAGACACGAUCGAACCAUUAAGGACUUCCGCGCGGCUGAUCUCUUCAUGCCUCCAAAUAACUCGCACGUGAGCGUCAAGAAACAUCCCCUGCGCUCAUUUUAAUCAUGACAUUAAGCUUUUCGUCCUUCUCCAUCAAAGACAUCCUGACAGGACGUGACGCCCGGGAGAAGCUCGGUACCAGGUUUACGGGAGGGCUGCGCGCUCCGCAGCGCCACAUGUUCAGUGAGCGCGCGGCGAGAGUCCCCGAUCUGUCUCACCAAGACGCGAACGAGAACCGCGUCCAGCCGGAGAGACGUCCUGCUGAUCACAGACUGUCCAUCGGACACCUCCGAUCCGACACCUACAGCGAGGAGGCUGCAGGACAGGAGACCGAGCUCGGAGAGCAGCCGACCAGUCGGCAGACCGAUGAGGCGGAGGAACACAGCGGCGAGACGGUCAGCUGUUCGCCCGAUGCGCAGCGGUGCAGCCCCGGGACGAAGAAGCGCUCCCGGGCGGCCUUCUCUCACGCACAGGUCUACCAGCUGGAGCGCCGGUUCGUCGCGCAGCGGUACCUCUCGGGUCCCGAACGGGCCGACCUGGCGGAAGCUCUGAAUCUCACAGAGACCCAGGUGAAAAUCUGGUUUCAGAACCGCAGGUACAAAACCAAACGGCGCCAGACGGCAGGCGAGCUGGUGGCGUACGGCUCACCGAAGACUGUCGCCGUGAAAGUGCUGGUGAGGGACGAUCUCAAGCAGUACCAGCAGGCCAGAGGAGUACACGUCCCGAUGGCCGUGCCGCAGUACCACCCACCCUACCAGUGCCACCCCUACCUGCACCACUACUGCCAGCCCUGGAUCGUGAACGGCCUGUCCUGUGGAGGGACGCUCACGUGACCGGGUGUCUCGCCCAAAUCAAGGUGUUGGCACAUUUUUGUACACUCGAUGGAUUACCAUCUCUGCUCAAAGUGCCUGAAAGUUUCGCUUUUUUGUUUUUCUUUUGAAUGUUUGUUUGAUUUUCGUGUUAUUUUGUCUGUUAUAAACCAGAACCUUCAACAUUUUGGCCAAGGGUUUGUGGUAAAAAAAUUAAAAUCACCCUGUACGCCUUAAUCAAUAAAAUAAAUAAUAAUAUUAGAACAUUCUGUGUAAGCCUGCAGUGACAAAUUAGUUCAUGACCCAACACAUGUUUGUCAAUUCAUGAGAGUGAAGAGAAAAGUUUUAUAUGUAUGAGCAAGAUUUAAAAUAGUGGCAAAUAAGUGAUUGUGGGUCACACUCCUCUGAUGAUCCAAUGCGUUCAUCUGAUAUCCCCUUUUCUGCCUCCAAUCUGCUCAUUCAAAACGAUACAAAAUACAAUCCAUUAAUAUAUCAUGGUUUAAUUACACAAUUUUAAUUCAUUCAUGCUCUGCUUUUUUGUUUUAUUUUUGAAUGGGGAAAUACAUUUUAAAGUCAGAGUUUAACAGACCUUUUUAGAGGGAGGUUAUUACACUUUUUUGUCAUGUUCACUUUAAAUAUUAACCAGACUUGGAAGAGGGUUUUAUUUAAUAACUGCAAUUUUAAAAAUGUAAUCCCAGCAAUUUUCACACAAACCCAUCAACGUCAACAACAGUCCAAUAGAGACCAGGCGGAGCAGAGAGGAAUUUAUAAAAAAAACAUUGUGAGAAAGUAGCUCAACGUGCAAAGAGGCAGAAGCAAGACUCUGACAUUUUAAGUAUGCAUGUAUCAUGUUUAUUGGACAACUUUAUUGAUAGUGAAAACCAACGUAACACCUGCAGGACUAUACAUUGGAGUGUGUAUCUGUGUGUGAGCAGGGAUAUAACUGUAAAAAGUUCCAUGCAGGAAGCAGCUAAUUUAGGUUACUGAUUCAAGUAUUGCAAUUACCAAAUGUACUAACUGAACUAGAUUCAAUUUACAUUAGGAAUAUUUAAGACUUCUUUUGAGAAGAUGUUUGUUUGUUAAGAGGUGUGAAGAGGUGGCACCAUUCAGCCGGGGUGCACAAGGCAGCAAGCGUUAAUCUCUUCUUUCUAAAAACAGGACAUUAACGUUAAGAAAAUCAAUGUUAUUGUUCACUGGUUUCACUUUUUCCAAGACAAGCUGCUUUUGCGGUGAGGAACACCCUGUGCCAUCCGCUGGGCUGGCACCCAACCAGACCUCAUUUAUCUCUUACAUCAAAACACCACUUCACACUAUCUUAAGUGGUUGACAAAGCUUUAGGGAUCGAGGAUACCGCACAAACACUUCUAUUGACUGAAAUAACAGGGCUACAUUAAGUCUAAUUAUUUUCACGGGGUGUUUUUGGUUGUUGCAACAGAAAAAGGUCUUGCACCGUGGCUCUGAGGUAUGCUGCUUUCUUUGUGCUCUGAUUAGUCACAUUGUGCUGGUGAAUUGUUGCGUUAGUCAUUGCUGUCUACCGUAACGUUUUCUUUUCCCACAUCCAGUGAUGUCACACUGAAUACAUUUUCCAUUUAGAAGAAGUAAGGUACUGAAAAAAAGGGAGAAGGACAACCCAGAUAUUCAGCGCUAAGGUGGUCAUGAUAAAUGAUAAUUUUCUCUGAUAUUAAAUAUGGCUUAUUCAUGUGUUAUUCAUGUUUGACCCUUAUUCUUAUUAAUAAAACAAGUGGCUUUAGCCCCCCAA